AUGAAUAAGCCAUCAACCCUUUUGCUCAAUGGUGUCAGUGACUCCAUAUAUGUGGCAACAAAACAAUCCAAUUUGUCAAAACGGUUGGUGUUUGAUUUCCAUAGACGUUUUGCUGCUGCAGGUGAACAGAAAAUGGGAAGGCAACCUUGUUGUGACAAAGUGGGGUUGAAAAAGGGUCCAUGGACUGCAGAGGAGGAUAAGAAACUCAUCAACUUCAUCCUCACUAAUGGCCAAUGUUGCUGGAGAGCUGUCCCUAAACUAGCAGGGCUGUUAAGGUGUGGCAAAAGUUGCAGGCUCAGAUGGACAAAUUACCUGAGGCCAGACCUGAAGAGAGGCCUUUUAUCAGAAUAUGAAGAGAAGAUGGUCAUUGAUCUCCAUGCUCAACUUGGCAAUAGGUGGUCUAAGAUUGCCUCUCAUCUUCCAGGAAGAACUGAUAAUGAGAUCAAGAAUCACUGGAACACUCACAUAAAGAAAAAGCUCAAGAAAAUGGGAAUUGAUCCUGUUACUCACAAGUCACUUUCCAUUGCAACUGAGCAAACUCAAGCCCAACCAGAUCAACCACACCAUCAAACAUUUCAAGAACAACAACAACAACAUCAGCAACAAGCUAUCCCAGUUGAGAAAGACCCCAAAUUUGAGCCUAAAAAUGAGGAAAACAAGGAGUCAGAGAAGCCAGAGACUUCAUUUGAAUCAUCAACCAUCACUGAAGAAGCUAAGGAAGAAGACCAAAUCAUGACACCCCUUUUUGACUCGAUGGAACUCAUGAAUGAAUUCUGCACUGACGAAGUCCCCAUAUUAGAACCGAGUGAGAUUCUAGUUCCAUCUGCUCAUUCCACUUCACCAACCACUACAUCAUCUUCAACCUCAUCUUCUUAUUCAAAUUCCUCCAACUUCUUUGACGACCUGCUGCUCCCAGAUUUUGUCUGGUCUGAUGAUUACAAUGAUACUAAUAUUGACAAUAACAACAGCAGUAUGGCCUUGUGCGAUGAUGACUUUAUUAGAAGUUUGAAUUUGCUUAUUAAUGAUGAUGGUGAUGGGGACAGAAAGCAAGUGUUUGACAAUCCUGUCAAUCAGUACCCCAGAGUGAUCAUGGAUUCAGAAUCUUGGCCAUAUGGUUUGUUUUGA